CGGCGGCCGUAGUCUUCGUGGUCGUGGUGGACGUGGACGAGGACGUGAUGGUUCCCGCAUUUGUUCACAUUGCGGUGGAAAUAAUCACACUAUUGAUUAUUGCUGGCAGCUACAUGGUCGUCCUACGUAUGCCGCUGCUUCUGUUGAGACACAGUCUUCCACCCCGACAGCUGAGCAGUCUAGUUCAGGGGAGUCUCUUAUUAUUUCUCGGGCGGCAUAUGAUGCCCUUAUGCGGCUUCACAUUCGGGAUAUUCCUGAGCCUUCUCACGCAGCUUCGGCCCAGUCAGGACCUACAGACGAAGAGAGUGAUUGGUGGGGGCAUGAGCGAGGAGGCGUUUAUCUUCUCGAUGAUACACCUGUUGCCCCUUCUAGUACCCUUUCUCUAGAUCAAGAGUCCAUGACUCGGUGGCAUUGCCGCUUAGGCCACCCAUCCAUUGCUAGAUUGAGACUUUUAUUUCCCUCCUUACCUGUCACUAAACCAUUAUGCUGUGAUAUUUGUGAAUUGUCUAAACAUCAUCGUGCUACGUUUCCUCCUAGCUCUUCUGGGAGGAAAUCUCAACCUUUUCUUCUAGGUUCACUCGGAUGUUUGGGGACCAGCUCCGGUUACCUCGACUUUUGGAUUUAGAUAUUUUGUUACCUUUAUUGAUGAUUAUUCCCGCAUGACUUGGAUUUAUCUUUUGAAAUCUAAAAGUGAAGUAUUUGAUGCAUUUAAAGUGUUUUAUCAUGAAGUGUGCACUCAAUUUCAUUGUUCCAUCAAAUCCCUCCAUUCUGAUAAUGGGGGAGAAUACAUGUCUACUGCCUUUCUGUCCUUCUUGCAGGAACGUGGUAUUUUAUCUAGGACGUCAUGUGCUCGCACUCCUCAACAAAAUGGUAUUGCAGAACGAAAGAAUCGUCAUCUUCUUGACGUUGCUCGCACCCUUCUACUUGGUAUGCAUCUACCCAAACAUUUUUGGGGUGAUGCUCUUUUAACUGCUACUUUUCUUAUUAAUCGUAUACCCUCACGUAUUCUGUCUUAUAAAUCUUCAUUUACUAUUUUGUAUCCUCAUGAUAACCCAUUUCCUCUACCACCUAAAGUUUUUGGUUGUACAUGCUUUGUUCAAAUUUUGGAUGUGAGUAAUGAUAAACUUAGUCCCAGGGCGAUUAAAUGUGUCUUUAUAGGGUAUACUCGGAGUCAGAAAUGUUAUAAAUGUUUUGACUCAUUGACUCGCAAGAAAUAUGUCUCUGCCGAUGUCACCUUCUUUGAGGAUCUUUCUUUU